AUGAGGCCUCCGCAAAAGGCAACAUUAAAGAUCAGAUGGUCGUCCGACUCGGAGGAUGAAGUUAUGGCGGCAGUUACCGCGCCCUUACCGCCACCUGCGUCGCCUAUUAUAAUGUCCGCUGCAGCCGCGUCGCGUCUGCGAUGUCCACUCAUCAGCGGGUGCCGAAACGUCGAUGUCUUUGAGCACUUGGACCGUAUGAUACAAUGUAUCGAAGAGGGGUCUUAUGGUGUAGUCUACAGAGCACGCGACCUAAACACGCGCAAGGUUGUUGCCUUGAAAAAAGUCAAACUAACACGCGAAAUGUGUGUGGACGGAUUUCCUGUCACAGCUUUGAGAGAAACAAACGUUCUCAUAGCGCUGCAGCAUGAAAACAUAAUACGCGUGCAAGAAAUGGUUGUUGGUUACGAGCACGAUAAAAUCUAUAUGGUAAUGGAGCAUUUCGACCACGAUCUUAAAUCGUGCUUAGAGCGCCACAUUGGACCCUUCUCGCAAGCUGAAGUUAAAUGCCUUGCGGUGCAGCUCAUGGCGGGCGUUCGUCACAUGCACCAGGCCUGGUUCAUUCAUCGUGACAUCAAAACAUCAAAUUUGCUUUAUUCGAACAGCGGUAAGCUUGCUAUAUGCGACUUCGGCCUAGCAAGGCGCUUCGGAGAGCCUAUCGUACCAUAUACACGCGAUGUGGUCACUUUGUGGUACCGAGCACCGGAAAUACUCCUUGGUGCUAGAGAGUACUCCACGGAGCUCGAUAUCUGGUCUGUUGGAUGUGUCCUCGCUGAAAUUCUUCUCAAAAGGCCACUUUUUGCCGGAAAGUCAGAGAUUGAGCAACUCUCAGAAAUUUUCAAGGUCCUUGGCAUGGCGACGAAAGAACGAUGGCCUGGUUAUGCGAAGCUGCCGUUCGUGAAAAGCUUCAUCUGGAAGACCCAGAAGCACAACAAAUUGCGAGAUAUUUUUCCUUCUGUCGGCUUCGGCUUGACCACUGCCACGCCUCUCACGGGCUUAGGUUUGAAUCUCCUAAAUGGGCUUUUUUCUCUCGACCCGACGAAGCGCAUCUCAGCCAGUGAUGCAAUAGAUCAUCCUUAUUUUACCGAGAGCCCAGCACCCUCUCCAAGGCCGAACAUGCCCAAGCGCUUGGUCGAAAGAGUCAUGCCGACGGUCGUCCGCUCGACUUGCUGGCCUGUCGCUGUGUCUUUGACCUGGACCGUGCGGCCUGACGUGGGGAGCACUAGCGGCUUGUCGCCUGAGAACGAGCCCAUGCAGACGCUCUGCGACGACGUCGACGUUCGAGAGGUGGUCGCUGACCUCCUGGCGGCUGAGUUUGACGUCGUUCCAGACUCGGGGCCACGCUUCUUCCAGGUUACUCGGUAAAUAAAUAGAUUUCCUUGGCG